UGUGUCCGCAGUCUCUGGUCAUCUCCUGUAGUGUGUCCGCAGUCUCUGGUCAUCUCCUAUACUGUGUCCGCAGUCUCUGGUAAUCUCCUGUACUGUGUCCGCAGUCUCUGGUCAUCUCCUGUACUGUGUCCGCAGUCUCUGGUCAUCUCCUGUAGUGUGUCCGCAGUCUCUGGUCAUCUCCUGUACUGUGUCCGCAGUCUCUGGUCAUCUCCUGUACUGUGUCCGCAGUCUCUGGUCAUCUCCUGUACUGUGUCCGCAGUCUCUGGUCAUCUCCUGUACUGUGUCCGCAGUCUCUGGUCAUCUCCUGUACUGUGUCCGCAGUCUCUGGUCAUCUCCUGUACUGUGUCCGCAGUCUCUGGUCAUCUCCUG